AUGACUCGCAUUCUCAUCACCCUCCUCGCUGCGGCUGCGGCCAUUCAGCAGGCCAUUGCCCUGCCUGUGGCUGAUGCCGAUGUCGACCUUGUGGCUACUCGUCCCCCCCGCCCGACUGGCCGUCCCACAGGCUUUGUUCCUCCCGUCAAGCCGACCAAGUCUGUGGUUCUUCCGCCCAAGCCUACCAGGUCCGUGGUUCUCCCGCCCAAGCCUACCAAGUCGGUUAAGCCGCCUCCCCCGAAGCCGACCAAGAGCGCUGCUCCUCCCAAGCCGACCAAGCCAGUCCUCCCUCCCAAGCCGACUAAGCCGGUCCUUCCUCCCAAGCCCACCAAGCCGGUCCUACCCCCCAAGCCCACCAAGUCCAAGGCUGCUCGCGAUGAGCCCAAGCCUACCCGCUCCGUCCGCCCCCCGCCCCCCAAGCCGACCAAGUCCGCUGUUGUGCCCCCCAAGCCAACCAAGCCCGUGACUCCUCCCAAGCCCACGAAGCCGGUCCUCCCUCCCAAGCCGACUAAGCCAGUGACCCCUCCAAAGCCUACCAAGCCUGUCACUCCCCCCAAGCCUACCAAGCCUGUCACCCCUCCCAAGCCAACCAAGCCUGUCACCCCUCCCAAGCCAACCAAGUCUGUCGUCCUUCCUCCUAAGCCAACCAAGUCUGUCGUCCUUCCCCCCAAGCCGACUCUCUCCGUUGUGCUCCCGCCCAAGCCAACCAAGCCCCCCGUCUUGACCAUCAGCCGCACCGCUCGCCCGCCUCGCCCAACACUGACCAGGACCAAGGCUGCCCGUGAGGAGCCCCCCAAGCCCACCAAGCCAGUCACUCCCCCCAAGCCUACCAAACCGGUCACUCCCCCCAAGCCCACCAAGCCAGUGACCCCUCCCAAGCCAACGAAGCCCGUCACUCCCCCUAAGCCAACGAAGCCAGUGACUCCCCCAAGCCCACCAAGCCAGUGA